CUCACAAUAAUGCUGUCAAAUGAGGGCGCUAUCGACAAUUUUCAUCACAUUCACGCCAAGAUUUCGGGGACUUUCGCAUUCACAAUGAGGCCGAUUUUUCAGCUUUUGUAAAGUCACUCUGAAAUCAGCCAUAAGCUGACCAAAGACUGAAGUAUCCUACAUUGAUAUAGAAGCAGAUCGGAUUUCCUUGGCAAGUUGUACUCAUGUUCUAGUCCAACAUCAAAUGCCGACGUGAAAACUGGGAUUUGCAGACGACGCACUCACGCUUCACAAUGCGUGUUUAAGUGCAAGCCAAGUUGAAGCUCGCAGACAUCUGAAUUUCAAAGAAUUGGGAAUAAGGUUUGGUUUGGAAAAUUGUCAAUUGCACUUUGAUAAAGAAAAUGUCAAAUUCAACAAUAAGAUUUCUGAAACUUUACAAUUACAUUGGAUGGCUGAACAUUUGCAACCAUGGCAACAGAACUCGCAAUUUCCCCAAAGCUUUUAUAACAUCUAUAGACUCCAAGAAAUCUCAUCACCAAGCAGAGCUGUCUUUAAGACGAGGACUUCAUUCAUCAGUGUCAUCCUUGGCGAGUGAGUCGAGAGGAAGUAAGCUGGUUCUUGGGAUCGAGACAAGUUGUGAUGAGACUGGAGCAGCCGUGGUCGACGAGGAGGGAAAGGUUCUCGGAGAAGGCCUGUACUCACAGAAACGCAUCCAUGUCAAAAAUGGAGGCGUGAUUCCGACACUGGCGCAGGAUCUCCAUAGACAACACAUUGACUCCGUGGUACAGCAGGCAUUGCGGAAUGCUGGAAUUCAGCUCAAGGAUGUUUCAGCCUUGGCAACUACCACCAUGCCAGGUCUGGCCCUAUGCCUUCAAGUCGGUCUGCAGUACAGUAAAGACCUGCUGCGUCGACUGCCGUUGCCUUUCAUACCGGUACACCACAUGAUUGCCCAUGCACUCACUAUAAGGAUGAUUGAAAAGAUUGAGUUUCCAUACCUCGUUCUGCUCGUCUCUGGCGGCCAUUGCUUAUUGGCUGUUGCUAGGGGAGUUGAUGAUUUCCUCCUCCUCGGAAGCACGCUAGACAACGCCCCGGGUGAAGCUUUUGACAAGGUAGCGCGUCGUUUGAAGUUGCACCUCCACCCAGCGUGCCACGGCCUGUCUGGCGGCCAGGCUAUCGAGCGCCUAUCCCUGGGGGGCAACAUCCGUCUACUCAUGGACAAAGAGAGACCGCUGCUCAAGCACCGCGACUGCAGCUUCUCUUUCUCUGGGCUGAAGACCUUCGCCAACUGGCUCAUAUACAACCACGAAGUCAAAGAAGGUAUCAGCCGCGAAGACGACCUUCUUUUGUCCACCAUUCCGGACAUCGCUGCCUCCUUCCAACACAAGGUGGCGCACCACAUGGUUACAAGGGUUGCCAGGGCGAUGGAAUUCUGUCGGCAGAGAGACAUGUUGGCUGGAACGUCAAAGUCAUUGGUCGUCUCAGGGGGUGUGGCUAGUAACGCCUACAUCCGCAGCGCCCUCCAAUUCGUCUGCGACAAGCACGGAUACCAGUUACACUGUCCCCCGCCACGGCUGUGCACGGACAAUGGGAUCAUGAUCGCAUGGGCCGGCAUGGAGAAGUUUAAACUGGGCUUAGGAAUUGUUGAAGAUCUGCAAAGCGUCCGAUAUGAACCAAAGUAUCCUAUUGGCAUGGACAUUUCCGACCAGGUGAGGGCAGCAGACAUCAAAAUCAAACGUGUCAAGUUCUGGUGAGGUGGUGUCAAAGGUCAUAGGAGAAAAGGUCGCAUCGCAGCAGUGAAAGAUUAAGGUCAACAAGGAAGAAGAACAUCAACAGGACAAUUUUAUAGAAUAAAGCCAAUCUUUAUUUACAAAUUAAUUUGUGUGAACAGCCACUUUCAAAUAAUUACAAAACCAGCUUGGCUUGACACACAAAAAUAUACAUUAGUAUUUUCCCUUCAAAAAAUCGUAAAUAUGUACAGUUUUUUAAUGUCUGUGGAUGGAAAGAUGAAGUUUUUGAAGAAUAUAAAUAUAAGAUAUUAAUAAUGAUAAGGACGGAAUGCAAUCUGACCGGAAUAAAAGACUGUAAAACUGUUCUUGCAGCAUUUUUAGUGAAAUAUU